CGGUUUUAAAGGAAGUUGUUCCUGUUGCUAGGAAACAGCGCAACACCACGUAAACUAUUGACGUAAAGAGUCUACAGUAAUCUGGCGACUAACUUAUUCAUUUUUGACGGCUCAUUUUAGACCCUUUCUAUUGAGUUUAGGUUUAAAUGCACAUUUAUUUAACUAACUUUUUUUUGUAACUUAUAGGAAAGUUAGCUUGAACUGAUAAUUAUUCUUUUUGUUUCUCCAAAAUAAAAGGGGAGGAUGUAUGUUGAUCCUUCCACCAGUUCCCACAGGCCUGCUUCUGGAAAAACUCAGGACAUUUCCAACUCCCAUGUUUUAAGAAGUGUUUUCCAGGACGUUUAUUCAAAUGACAUAACGGGGGAAAACCUUUUAUCUAAUAUGGUCAAAACAAAAAACGGAAGAGACAACUUUCACUGCAGACACGUGGAAGAGCUUCAGCAGGCCUUCCUUGAAUACAACCAGUGCAUGAAGGAAACAGAAAAAGUGAAGGAUCAUUUAAUCCAGGCCAGAGCUCAGGCUGCAGCUAAAGAGAAGUUUGCCUUUGAGAGGAUGACGGAGAACCUUGGAGACAUUUCAGAGCACCAGGAGCUUUUUAUAGUCAAGUCUGCCUUUCCCUGGUGUGUAGAUGAAAAUCUUCUUAAAGCAAAUGAUUUAAUUUCUCCUCAAGACUACAUACCCACACAAGAACCCCCCAUCAGAGCAGCAAAUAAAUAUAAUCUGGCUAAGCCCUCCACGCCUAUGAUAAAAGAGCGUCAGAAUGAUGCUUUUAUGCCCACUAAGGAGAAGACAAAGUUAGCGAUGAGUGGUUUAGAUCACAGCUUGACCUUUGACUCCAACUCUGACAUCCAAAGAGGAAAAAGUGACCUAAAUAAGAAUGUCACCCAAACCCAAUUGAGACCAAAGUGGAAGGAUAAACCGAGUGCGGCGGAUCGAUCAGAGGGUGUCAGAGAAGUUCAGAAACUAAAGGAUCGACAGAACUUCCGCCGCAAUCCCCGCUUCCUUCCACCGACAGCCGAGCAUGGCGGCGUGUCUCUCAUUCAGCGAAGAGGCCGCGGGAAAACAGAGCAUCGGAGUAAAACCUCUGAGGAGCAAAGCUCAUCUGAUGAUCCUCCUGUCUUCGUUGCAAAGCCACCAGUGCUAAGUUUUACUGACUACACAGUCGGGCAUAUCUAUGAGACCACUUUGGAGCUGAGAAAUGUCACUUCGUCAAGCCGUCACGUCAGAGUUUUGCCUCCAAACUCCCCUUACUUUUCCAUUGGACUGGGGAGAUUUCCCAGUGAAGAGGGAGUUAUUGCCCCCGGGAUGAGCUGCAAGUACUCGCUGCGCUUCACUCCAGACUCCCUUUCAGACUACAAGGAUUUUCUGGUGGUGGAGACUCAAGCUGAGCAGGCGCUCCUCGUGCCAAUUGAGGCCCAACGACCUCCUCCUAUACUCACCUUGCCCAGAGUUCUGGACUGUGGUUACUGUCUGGUCGGUGGACUGAAGUACGUUGAGUUUUUGUGUCAAAAUAUUGGACGGAGUGCUGGGACUUUUUGCAUCGUUCCCAAAAGCCAGUGGCCUUUUUCCAACCUCAGGUCUCUGUCUAGGACGUACUUCUCGGAGCAGCCUCCCUUUGCGGUGGGACCCUCGUUGUUUCAGCUGAAGCCUGGAGACACUACUGUGGUGGAGGUGGUUUUCUUUCCAACUGCUGCACAGAAAAGUCAACAGACUUACACGUUUGUCUGUGAUAACUGCCAGGUGAAAGACUUUUCAAUCCAAGGUGAAGGUCAGCUGGUUGCCCUCCAGUUUGUAUCUGCAGAAAAAGAGCUUCCUGAAGUCGGGGAAGUUCACGACGUCACUGCAGAGCAUUACGUCCGAUUCGACGCGUGCAACCCUCAUUCUGUGCUGCAUAAAACACUCGUCAUCCGGAACAAUGUCCACUUGGACCUGCCUUUUCAGUGGCAAAUCAGGCAGCCCAACUUGUAUCCCCAUCCUCCAGGAGAAAUCUCUAAACCCUCUCAGAUCCAUGCAGCCACAGAUGAUGCUUUUCAGAUCAGCCCUGUGACCGGCCUACUACCUCCAAGUCAGGAUCAAGAGUUCUUGUUAACAUUCUGUCCAAAAGAGCUAAAGGAUUACCACAGCGUUUGCCGUUUGGUCCUGAGAGAUGUUCCCGAUCCCCCGUCAGAACCUAGCGAAAGCAGCAUCGACUCCCAGCUCUACAGUGUCAUCGCCAUGGAGAUAGAGGUCAAGGGGUCAACAGAGCCCUACCAGAUCCUUCUGGAGCCCUAUGCUGUUAUAAUCCCAGGAGAGAUUUUUGUUUGCACCCCCACUCGCAGGCAGUUCAAGAUGUGGAAUCACAGUAAAACCUUCAUCUUUUUUCAAUGGGAGAAGCUGAAGAACAGCUGCCACAGAAUAGAGGUGGAGCCCCCUACUGGAAGAAUAGAGGAGAACGAAUGCUUUGAUUUUGACCUCAUUUUGUUUGGAGGGAAACCCGAGAAGCUGCAGACAAAUUUGAUUUGCAACAUAGAGCACCACCAUCAGCCCGUCACCUUACCAGUAGAAGUCUCCUUCAAAGGUCCCACCGUGACUCUGAAUGUCCCCAGUGUGGACUUUGGGCUUGUGAGGCUUGGAGAUCCGACUCACAAGAGCGUGGAGCUGACAAACACCACCCAGCUCGAAGCUUUCUGGACUCUGAUGGAGAAGGUUGAGCCGCAGGAGGGCCAAGUCACACAGAUCUCUGUGGAGCCAUGCUGUGGAAUACUGCCCCCGCUGGCCUCCUGCAGUGUAGACGUCAUCUUCAGGCCACAGUUCUGUAAGCAGUUUAAAUCAGAACUGGAGCUAGAAGUCGAGAACGGACAAGGAUGCCAUCUUUGGAUUCAAGCAGACGUCCAGUCUCCUCAAGUGUGUCUCCUUAACUGCAAGCUCACCUUUACUGAAAUUUACCUCGAAGUUCCAAAAUCGGCCUCUGUGACGCUCUUCAACCAGACCGCGCUGCCGGCAAAGUUCAGCUGGGCGAGUCAGCUCCACGGUAAACACUCCUCAUUUUGUAGCGCCAGUUUUGUUCCUGAUUCUGGCGUCCUUGAACCAAACGCAAGCCUGGAGGUGACGGUAGAGUUUACCUCUCACGCUGAUGUGGAGCUGACUGAGGUGGCUGCUCUCUGUGAGGUGGAGGGUAUGAAUUUGCCUCUCCUUCUUGGGAUUGCCGCUUCCAAUCCCAAGAAACUCCGUGUGUCUUACUCGCUGCCCAGUGAUGGUUCGCUGCUGAGUGAUCCUUGUGCUUCAGCUCUGGUGCUCGACUUUGGAGAUGAUGUGAUGUUGAAGAGGCCUGUCACCAGGCAGAUGCUGAUCACCAAUCAAACCGCAAUCGCAGCUCUUUUUGUCAUGGAGGUCGAACACUUCAGUGUUUCAAACACAGAACCAGAACAAAGAUGCUCAAGAGUCAGGACUAAACUCCAAACAAUAAAAGCAGAGAAGUUAGAAGCUAAAAUGCAGGAAGAGUUUGUCAGUCAGCUCCUCGCCGACGGGAGAGGCGCAGCGUUCCGUGUGGUUCCUGACUCCGGGCUGCUGGGGCCAUUUGAAACGCAAACUGUGGCCGUGACCGCCUUCGCCGACAUGUGGGGGGAAUACAGCGACAACCUCAUAUGCAAAGUCGGCGAUCUGGAAGCAGAGGUCAUUCCGCUGCGGAUGGCUGUCGGAGGCUGCCCGCUCUACUUCCAGGUGACCGGUCCGAGAACGGACGACCAGUUCCAGGGACCAAUCAUACGUUUUGGCACUCACAUACCCGGAGGUGACACCGUUUCUCGUCCUCUGCGCAUCAAUAAUCCGUCUUCGUAUGACAUCCGAUUGGACUGGGAGACUUACAACAUCGACAAGGACGACCGCAAACUGGUGGAUGUGGUGCUGGCCUUCGGAGACCCGUUUCCUCUCAAAGAUGCUGACGUCGGCAAAAAGAUGAAGAGGCUUUUUGAGAGAAACCUUAGGACAACGCUGGGAUCUGAUGGAACCUCCUGCACCACCGCAGCACAGGAGGACGACGACAAUCAAGAGGAAGAUUGUUCAAAGAAAAAGCUCGUCUCCGUCCACAUCCGGCCUCACGUGGGGAAACUCUCCGAUUAUCCUUUCUGCAUCACUCCACAACAAAUAGUGAUUCCAGCAAAGAGCGGAGCGACCAUCCACGUUUCCUUCACGCCUUUGACUCCAUCUGAGUCUGCCACUGACAGCAGAUGUUCAGGCCUGGCUCUGGGCUUCAUGAGCCUGGACUCUGAGACGGCUGCCUGUGUUCCAGGUAAAGUCAGGAGAGCUCAGGGUUUGGAGUUACAGCCUGUCAGAAUGGAUCUACAAGCAGCCGUGAAGCCUGCAGCGCUGUUAGUGGAAAUGCAGGAGGAGGAGGAGGAGGCGCUGCAGUUUGAGGCCUCCGCCGGUGAUUUACUGAAAGUAGGACCACACAAGGAGCUGGUCGUUGGUGAAUUUGACGUUACGCGGACGUUUCGGCUCAGGAAUCCUUCAGAGGUGGCUGUGCGCUUCAGAAUGGAGACUCUACCUCCAUUUUCAGUGUCCAAGGCGAAGCAGAAAGUGUGGAGCAGUAGCAGCACUUCUGCAGGGACUCUGGUGCUUCAGCCACGGGACACCAUGCAGGUGAAAGUGGCUUUCCACUCUACCGUGCAUCUGAUAAACCAGACGGAAGAGAAAAUCCCUCCAGACACCGAAAAGGGCCUGAAGAAGUUGACGUUUAAGCAAAACCUCCUGAUUCACCAUAGCAACAACUCUCUGCAGACCGUCCCUCUCUGCGCUCAUUUACUCCUGUCCACGCUGAGUCUCUCCACUGACCGCCUCAGCUUUGGAGUUUGUUACGUCGGGGAAACAAAAAGCAGAGAAAUAACGCUUUCUUGCAGAGGAUCCCACACCUACUGGAUGUCAACUUCAGACAGUCGGGACGCGCACGUUUUCAAAGUUACACCAGACUUUGGGCUGCUCCGACCAAAAGAGCUCCACGGAUCCUGCAGCUCCAAACAGCAUCUUCAGAUCAGCUUCACUCCCAGUGAGGACAGAGAGUUCAGGGCUGUGCUGAGGAUUCAGGCUCCUCUGGUCAAAACUCCUCUCACCCUGGAGCUCCGAGGAACGGGAACGUUGGAUGAAAAGUCGGGAUGCGUGUCCGAGUUAUCUCCUGUCAGCAUUUAAGUUUGGAAGAAUUUAAGAUUUUAAUGUUUUUCACUCAAGAUUUAAAGCAGAUGGGAUUUUGUUUGACUUUUAUCUGUGCAUAAGUUUGAUAGUAAAGUAUUGUUCUUAACAAAUACGUCCACAGAGUGUGUCUAAAACAUAGACUUUGUCAAACUUAGAAAAAAAAAAAAAAAAAAACAACAA